AUGGCGGCCGAAUCUUCCAAGCCGAUCCAGGAAGUGCUGUCGUUCCCAAUCCUGUUCGCCGACCGCGUCAUCAAAUCGGCGCGCGAAGCCGAGUCGUUCAAGCCGGAGAACUCCGAGCUGGCGCGCCAAGCCACGGCGCUGUCGCAGCUCCUCCGCUCAGCCGCGCUCCUCACCUCCGCCUCCGCCGCCGUCUACGACCGCCCCAUCCGCCGCAUGUCCGUCGACGUGACGAAAACCCUCGACCGCGCCCUCACCCUCGCCCGCAAGUGCCGCCACCGCCGCACCAACGUCCUCCACCACGUCCUCUCCAUCACCACCGCCGCCGACUUCAAGAAGGUCUCGAACCUUCUAGACUCUUCCCUCGCCGAUGUCCGGUGGGUCCUCUCCAUCUUCCGUACAGAUUCCGACAACGGAACCAUCACUCUGACCCUCCCUCCCUUCGCCAGCACCGACCCCAUCCUCGCCUGGGUCUGGGCCUGCGUCGCCGCCGUCCACUCCGGCCGCGCCGACGCCGCCCGCCAGUUGGCCGUCUUGGCCGCCGGCAACGACCGGACCAAAACAAUCGCCGUCGAGGAGAACGGAAUCCCUCCCCUGCUCAAAAUGCUCAAAGAAUCCGGCAAUGUCGAUGCCCAGAGCGCCGCCGCAACGGCCCUCUGCAACCUCGCCGAUCACCACCGCGCCGCCAUCGAAACGAUCGUGGACGCCGGAGGCGUUCACGUCAUCGUUAAAGCGCUGGCGGAAGUUCCGAUGGCGGCUCAGGUGACGCUCGUGAAUCUAAUCUCGAGGAUGUUAGAAUCCGACGCCGAAUGCCGCGACGAAUUCGGCAAGGAGAACGUCACUCUCCCGUUGGUUCAGCUUUUGUGCGUCGACGUCGAUUUGGGCGACUUCAAGGAGUUGAAUAACAACUUGCAUUCGCUCGUCGAGGUCAAUAAAACGAUGAUGAAAUUAAACGGCAUCCAUAUCCUCGACGGCAGUAAGCACCAAUGUAAUAAAAAAGACAAAGACCGUGAGUCCGAGCCUCCCGAGAUUCGCCUCGCGUUGAAAGAGAGCUGCGCGUCGGCGUUAUGGAGGUUAGCAAGGGGGAGUUCCUCGAACAGCAAAAAGAUCACCGAGACAAAAGCGUUGCUAGUGUUAGCGAAGAUCGUUGACAUGGAGAACACAGCCGAUUUGAAAAAAAAUUGUAUGAAAGUAGUGAUGGAAUUGGCCGCCGUAGCCGAGCGCGACUCCGAGCUAAAACGCGCAGCGUUCAAGCCAAGUUCGACGGCUACAAAGGUUGUCCUAGACCAGCUACUACGGGUAAUCGACGAGGAAUCCGAUCCAGCCCUCGUCGUUCCGGCCGUAAUGGCCAUCGGGUGCUUAGCGACGAUGUUCUCCGCGAAGGAAAAACGGAUCGUAAAAUCGUUAGUCGCGCAGCUGGGCAACCGGCAGCCGGAUGUCGCGGCGGAAGCCACGAAAGCUCUCUGCAAGUUCGUGCGCGACACGAAUUAUAACCGGAAGGCGCAUUCGGAGGCGAUCAUCGAGUUCGGAGGGGUCCCGAAGAUAAUGAACUUGAUGAGGAGGAACGAUCGGAGCCAUUUGCACGAGCUCGUACUGCUCUGCAACCUCGCGACGAACGCCGGGGACAGUAAGGUGCUCGAGCAGGCACACGCGCUGGUGGUGCUCGAGGGCGCGGCGCGUCACGCCGUGGCGCAGAAUCCGGCGUUGAGAGAGCUCUUCACUAAGGCUAUUCAUCAGCUCACUAUCUAUCAGGCCGGAGCUCAUGUACAUAGACAAGUCUAA